GUUGUGGGUGCGUGCCGGAAAGUAAGCAAAUGCCCACUUGGCCUAACAAAACGCAACGGAGGAAUCUGCACUUUUGAAUUCGCAGAUUGUGUUGACACAAGCACAAUGCACCAUAUAUCAUAGUGAAAAUUACAGUCAAGGUGCAUAUAUGGUCUUCAUGUCCGUUUCUCGACAAUAGUCAGAGAGAUGGACUCGAACCGUGUGGGGGGCGCCCACGGCUCGCUUGCUCAGCUGAACCAGAUCAGUAGUGGCAGUGGUCGUGGCGGCAACACCACACCCGGAUACAGCCUCACUUCCCUCUCUGCACCGGCUCACUCUAGCCUGAUGGGUGAUCCACGGACUCAGCAAGGGCCCAGCUCUUCGGACGGUCAAAGAAGUGGUGGUAGCAGUGGCCACCUGAUGUCCAGUGACUCCUCAGUCCAGGCUGGUUGCUACAGCUCUGUGUCUAGUACUGCUCCUGAAGGCUCCUCAGGUUUGAGCCGAAUGCCAUUGUCUCUCAGUGGCAACUCCGGUGGUGGUCCAAACCUAACGGGCUGUGUGUCCUCUAUACUUUCCUCCUCUGUGAACCUCGCCAUGCCAUCUCAGAGCCAGGGGGAGGAAGACGAGUCCUCUAACUCAAACAGCUUUGGGAUGUACACCACAACUCCUUCCCCUAGUACCACUACUCCACGGCAUUUACCUCAGUCCUCUUCUAGAGCAAUUGCGAGUUCAGGAGAGGGACCAUCUACCACCACUCAGGGAAUGACCAGUAAAGAUAAUAAUAACCUAGAGGGCUUCUUCCGACGCAGCAUCCAGAAACAGAUAGAAUACCGUUGUCUGAGGGACGGCAAGUGUAUGGUUAUACGACUCAACAGAAAUAGGUGCCAGUAUUGUCGCUUCAAGAAGUGUUUGGCUGUGGGAAUGUCUCGUGAUUCUGUGCGCUACGGCCGGGUGCCCAAACGGUCCAAGAGCCAGGAGGACCAGAGCGUGACAUCGAGUGACUCCAGCCAGGAGCAGUCGGCGCUGGAGAGUCGUCAAUUGGCCAUCUAUGACGUCAUCCUCAGCAUCUCUCAGGCCCACCACGCCCACUGUGCCAUCACUGAGGACAAAAUCAAGAACAUUGUCCGGCAGCCUACCACACUGAUGACCAAGUUCCACAUCCCCAGUGGCGAGUUGCAAUUCAGCAAUGAGGAGGUGGAUAUGCAGCGGCUUCUCAUGUGGCAGCAGCUGGCCUCGCUAGUCACGCCGUCCAUUCACAGUGUGGUCGAGUUCUCCAAACGGGUACCAAGUUUUCCAGAGUUAUCCCAGGACGACCAGCUGAUCUUGAUCAAGACGGGUUUCUUUGAGAUCUGGCUGACACGCAUGUCUCGUAUGAUGAGCAAGGAGGAGAAUGUGAUUGUGUUUGAGGAUGGCAGUUCUAUACCCCGACAGGAACUGGCUGUAGUCUACACGCCAGAUUUUGUGACGUCCAUGUUUGAAGUGAGCACAGGUUUCAACACGCUCUGUCUCAACGACACUGAGAUCGGCCUCUUCACGGGCAUCGUGCUAGCCACAGCUGAUCGGCAGGGUCUGUCAGACCCUCAGUCGGUAGAGCGGAUACAGGACCGGCUGGUGGAAGCCCUCAAGCUGCAGGUGAGCCGCAACCACUCGACAGAGGAAAACCUCUUUGCAGCAGUCAUCAUGAAGCUACCGGAGCUUCGCACUCUUGGCUCUCAGCACCACGACCUGCUGCGCUGGUACCGUAUGCAGUGGCACCGUGCCAGCCUACCGCCCCUCUUUGCUGAGAUCUACGACAUCCCGAAAAACCAGGUGGAGCCUCUCCCACCACAGAGCACCUGAGAAGACCACCACCCCUCCCCACUCCUUUUACCUGGGACAAAAUACAGCCUAUUUUGCCCACCAAGGGACAUUCUCAGGAUUUUACCCUGAAUUUGGGAUUCUUUUUUUACCAUGUGAGCUUGGACAAGAAAUUGUGAAGGUUUUAUUUGUAAUUACAGAUUGAAGAGCAUUUUAGUGGUAGUUGUGGCCAUCCCUGUGAACCUUGCUCCACUCUUUAUACCAUGAGAUGGAAGUUGGUGGAUAUUUUGACCACCUCGCAAUUAUUCCUUGGCACUUUUCCAGGCUGCCCGCUAAGUUUAUUGUUCAUAGGUUGGCAGUAAACGGAUUAAGCAAGACAUGUCUAGGUUUGGUGAUCUAUGACUUUAUAAAUACCGAUGUUAAACUAUUUUUAGUAGAAUAAUUCCUCAAUACAACACGUGCCAUACUUGUGUUUUUCGAGUGGGAAAAGAACUCCUCCCACAUAAGUCAACUACUUGACUGAUGAAUUUCUUUUAACAGUGGAGUUAAGCUCCCUACCAGGUGGGAUUCAGGUAUUCAGGUGAGUUUAAAGGUGAAGCAUCUGAUUAUCCCCCCCAAAAAAAAACAACAACUGCCCAGUCUAGACCCAAUGCUGAAGGCAUUCCAUGAAGGUUGAGGUAAAGCGGAGGCUAACUCUUGAUUUUUAAACCUGAAUGUCCAUGUGUUAGCUUAAUUUAUUUACUGCGUCACAGAGACAGAUUUUAAGUGCUAGGAGAUCUGGAACAGUGGUUGUAUGAGAAGUGAAGAGCUAUAAGUUUAGAAGUUCUCGGAACGGAGACCUGAGGGGGGGAUAGAGGGAAUCCGUUAAAAUGUGGUUGACUUUUUUAUUUGAUGUCUUUUUUCAGUCUCUUUUGGUGGUUGACCAUGGGAGAAGUGGCUGGAAAUUCAGGCUUGAAUAAAGCAUGUGUAGUUCCUUGAAUACUUCAUCUGGUAUCAGAUUUUAAAAAUCUCGAGUCAAUUAAAAAAAUUGUACCCUAUUGUGAUCAUGAGUGCUAGGUUGGAUUCAGCCUUUUCAUCCCAUAAAGGGUCUCUAGUCUUGCAGUGUGUUGAAUGCCUUUUGCCUGAAAUUUAUGCUAAGGGGGCGCUCAAAAAAUGCGUGAAAACAGAUUUAAUACACAAGAAACGGGUGACUGAUAACAAAGAGAAAAAA